GGCCAUGCCCUUGGUGUCAGAGCUCGAGGGGGACAGACCCCUGCAUGGGCAGAGGGAGGCUGUGGGCAUCUCAGGGGGUCAGCAGGACUUUGUGCCAGCAGUGACCAUGGUUGUCGAUGGAGUUGCUCUCUGCAGGACUGUGGAAGCAACACAGAGAGCUACGGAGCAGCCAUUCAGUGUGCCCACAGGUUGUGACCAACGUCGAGCCCAGGCCGGUGUGAGCAGUGAGCAGUGGUGUAAGCCGAGAUGUGCCUGCAGCCGUGCUGACCUGCCCGCUAACCCUGCCUCACCCAGCGCCAUGGGAGGAUGCUUCUCCAAACCCAAACCAGUUGAAGUAAAAAUUGAAGUUGUGAUACCCGAGAAGGAAAGAAGCAAGGAGGAGAUGUCACCCAAUGGGAAAGCCAGCCCUCUGAUCUACAAAGUCAACGGGACUGCCCGGCAUUAUCAUCUCGAGGAGCAUCCCAUUGCCAGCAACCCCUACCACAACCCAAAGGACGUGGUGGAAGCAUCCGUGUGCCAUGUGAAGGACCUGGAGAAUGGACAGAUGCGGGAAGUGGACCUGGGCUGCGGGAAGGCUCUGCUCAUCAAGGAGAACGGCGAGUUCCACGCCGUGGGACACAAGUGUCCCCACUAUGGGGCUCCACUGGUCAAAGGGGUUUUGUCCAAAGGAAGAGUCCGCUGUCCCUGGCAUGGAGCUUGCUUCAACAUCAGCACAGGUGACAUAGAGGACUUCCCUGGCUUGGACAGCUUACCCAGGUUCCAGGUGAAGAUCGAGAAGGAGAAGGUGUACAUCCGAGCAAGCAAGCAGGCUCUUCAGACACAGAGGAGGACAAAGGUGAUGGCAAAGUGCAUCUCCUUGAGCAACUAUAACCUGAGCAGCACCAAUGUGCUGAUCAUCGGCGCAGGGGCAGCUGGACUGCUCUGUGCAGAGACCUUGCGCCAGGAGGGUUUCUCAGACAGGAUUGUGAUGUGCACGAUGGACAGACACCUCCCCUACGACAGACCGAAGCUCAGUAAGUCGAUGGAUUCCCACCCGGAGCAGAUUGCCCUGCGCCCCAAGGAGUUCUUCCGCAGCUACGACAUUGAAGUCCUGACCGAAAUGCAGGUUGCGGCUGUGGACGUCAAGAACAAGACAGCUGUGUUCAAGGAUGGAUUUAAGAUGGAAUACAACAAGCUGCUGAUAGCAACGGGAAAUACGCCCAAAGCUCUCAGCUGCAAAGGCAAGGAGGUGGAAAAUGUUUUCAACAUCCGGACACCUGAAGAUGCCAGCCGUGUGGUGAAGCUGGCCACCAGCAAGAACGUGGUUAUUGUGGGAGCAUCCUUCCUGGGGAUGGAGGUGGCCGCCUACCUCACGGAGAGGGCCCACUCGGUGUCCGUGGUGGAGCUCGAGGAAGUGCCCUUCAAGAAGUUCUUUGGGGAGAGGGUUGGCCGUGCUGUCAUGAAGAUGUUUGAGAGCAACAGGGUGAAGUUCUACAUGCAGACAGAGGUGUCAGAGCUGCGGGAGCAGGAGAGCAAGCUGAAGGAGGUGGUGCUGAAGAGCGGGAAGGUGCUGCGUGCUGACGUGUGUGUUGUUGGCAUUGGUGCAGUCCCAGCAACGGGCUUCCUCAAGCAGAGUGGCAUAAACAUCGACUCCAAAGGCUUCAUCGUGGUCAACAAGAUGAUGCAGACCAACGUCCCUGGAGUGUUUGCGGCCGGUGACGCCGUCACAUUCCCACUGUCCUUGAGGAAUAAUAAGAAGGUGAAUGUCCCUCACUGGCAGAUGGCCCACAUGCACGGCCGUGUAGCUGCACUGAACAUGCUGGCCCAUGGCGUGGAGCUCAGCACAGUCCCAUACCUGUGGACUGCGAUGUUCGGGAAGAGCAUCCGAUAUGCAGGUCAUGGGGAAGGAUUUGAUGAUGUUGUCAUUCAGGGAGAUUUAGAUGAACUGAAGUUUGUGGCAUUUUAUACCAAGAGUGACGAGGUGGUGGCUGUGGCCAGCAUGAACUACGACCCCAUUGUGUCCAAGGUGGCCGAGGUCCUGGCUGCCGGCAGGACCAUCCGGAAGCGCGAUGUGGAGCUGUUUGUUCGUCACGGCAAAACUGGAGACAUGUCCUGGCUGACAGGAAAAGGCUCCUAAUGCUGCUGGUGGCUGUGCCCUCCUGGUGCUGCACUCUCUGUGGGGAGAUGGGCUGGCAGCUCCACAGAGGAGUGGGAACACCGUGGCUGAGUCACUUCCCCUUCAGACCCAGAUGAGCCUGGCCCCGGUCACUGUGCACUCACCACCCCCUGCCCCUCUGCCUCCCAGGCUGGGGCUCUGCUCCUGCAAUUCCCAUGGGAUGCUGGAAAAGCAGCCCCCACAGAGAGCAGGGCUCGGCACUGGUGGUGGGCACGGGUGCUGCAGAUGCUGACAACAGACUGGGAGUCCCCAGCAAGACCCUUGCCCCUGUAAGCAGCGUGCCUUUUGUUGCUCCUUGUGCUUUCAAGCAUGUGGCCCCAUCUCCAAUCCCCUUUGUUCCCACAGAGUUCUGAUGUGCAUCCCCGCAGAGCCGGACCUCUGCUCCCCCUCCGCAUGGCUCAGCACUGCCAUGGCUGUCCCCGUGCCCAUCCAGCUCAGGAAGUGUGGGGACGGGCAGGGAUGGGGUCGCACCGGGGGUCUCUGUACAGCCCAUGCUGGAGUCUUGCCCCUUCCCCAUGCUGGUCGCCCCAUCCAGCCCUGGCAGAGGUGGUCCCUGCCCAAGCCGAGGGCUCUAGAGCUCAUCAGUCUCCAGCAUCAGCAGCACCCCCCGUGCCAGCACAGCCGAGGGGCUGGAGCUGCUCCCAGCUUUUGGGGCAGCUCUUGGUCAGUGUCGGUGUGAGUGCAGUGUGGAGCGGGGUCUCCCUGCAGAGCUGUGAGGGCAGCCCCCAGCCUGGGGCAGUGC